CCCCCGGUUUAGAGUUUCUUGGCUGAAAGGCAUGGAAAAAGGUGUGGCUUUUUGAGAAUCUUGAAGCUAUGUGAGAUGUGAGUGAGGGCGCCAACUCUUCAUCAAACACAGUCAUGGAGUCCUGAUUUUGAGAAAGAAAAAAACCCCUGCGCUUGUGGUCCAGUGUAGGUUUGUCUCGCACAUAGAUGUGAGUGCAUGGAGCCCCUCCUCCUGUCCUUGGGGCCAUUUGUUUUCCAUCACUGGAGCAGAACCAAGUCAUGCUGGUGGCUGACGCGUUCAAGUGCCUGGUCUGACUGUGGGAAAUCAGAGCUCCAGUUGUUCUCGUUCCACCUGCCAGAAGCUGAAGGGGCGCGGCUGGGACCUCUGCCCACAAAGUCUCGCCUCCCUCCCCUCCUCCCUUCUCGGAGGGAAAGUUGUGGCAAAAGCGUAGAGGACUGUGAGGAAGUCCAGACCAUAGCACACGCGGCCCCCCUCAGGAGGUCCACAGGCUGAGGGGGACUUGAUUGACUGUUGGAGAUAAGAUGAGAUGGACCAGCUAACCAGACUGGUGGACUUCUCUGGAGACUUGGCGCAGGAACAGGAGUCCACAAGCAGACUGACGUCCCUUCCGCCAAAGGGAACCGCGGGAUCCAGUCACAGGAACAUGGCCAGCAGCAGCGGCGGUGGGACCGCAUUGGAGAAGAAUGUCUUGACGCAGAAGAGCAGCACAACUUACUUCACUUCCUCGUCGGUGGGCGUGAGCAGCGGCGGCUACAGCUCCUCCUCGGGGGUCUACCUGGGAGGAGACGGCGCCGCCAGGAGCGACAACGGCGCCGGCGCCUACCUGGACGGCGAUGGCUACGGCAGCGGCGGCGGAGGAAGCUACCUGGUGAGCUCGGUGUCAAAGGUCAGCUCGUCAGGCGGCGCCAAGAGAGGGCAGGCCGCCUCCGCCGCCGCCGUCACCUCCUCCGCCUCGGAGAGGAAGCACGCAGCGAGCGGCCGGUCGGGAGGUUACGACGGGAGUUCCAGUGCUAAUUCCUCCCCAGACUUUACACGCAAAGACUAUGGAAUCUACUGCUCCGGGUCCAGCCGAGGAAGAAGUGCCAGCAGAGAGAGCGAGAUCCGGGCCAGACUGCAGAGCGCCUCACCCACGGCCGGCAGAUGGGCGGAGCUAGACGACGUUAAGAAGCUAUUGAAGGUCCGCUCCAGCAGCUCCAGCCCCCCGCGCGCCUCCAGCACCUCCGCCUUAAUGGCUGGCCCCAAGAAGGCCAGCGUGGAAACCCAGACCAUCUCCGUGACCUCUAAGGCCUCUCAGUCGGUUUUAACCUUCCCUUCAGGGGUCCGACCAAACGUCUUCCAGACGGUGGGCAGGGCCGACAUGUUCGAGACCGACCACUUUGACACGAUGGGGAAAAGCAGCGCGUACGAAGGCAGCAUCAAGUCGGCCCAGUAUGAUACUGGGGUCAGAUCAAUGGCGUACGGCACGGCUGGCAAGGCGGGACAGUACGACGGCGGCGUGAGAUCGAUGUCGUACGAUACCGGUCUGUGGUCAGGACAGUAUGAAGAUCGUGUCAGGCAGGACGCCGGUGUCAAAUCCAUGACUCUCGGCGUGAGAUCCGCCCAGUACGACGGUAGCCUGAGGUCGGGCCAGUACGAUACUGGUCAUAGAUCAGCCCAGUAUGAUGGCAGUUUGAGAUCAGGCCAGUACGAUACUGGUGUGAGGUCCAGCCAUUAUGAUGGUAGCCUGAGGUCUGGCCAGUAUGAUACCGGCGUGAGGUCCAGUCAGUACAGUAUUAGUCAGAAGUCAGGGAUCCACGACUCGGCGGUGAGGUCGGCCCAGUACGGUUCCACCACGCUGGAUGUCCCGUCCUUCCCCUGGCCCACCUCCACGCUGCCCGCCUCUGCGGCGGUGGCGGCGGGCGGCAGCAGUUACACGUCCCACCAGGCCAACGCCAACAACAUGUCGGCAGGAAUGUCACCUUCUGGCCUCACCUCACCUUCACUGUCAGUUUAUGGCUUUCAGAACAAUUUGGCGCCCACUUCUGGCGGCGCUGUGCUCACCGCAGGCGCAGUCAACGCCAGCACGGCAGCAGCUUAUGGAGUGCAGAAAAACAUGUCCAGCGGUGGUGGUGUUGGUGUUGGUGGUGGCGUCGUCGGGACUGCAGUCUCUUCAACCACUAGAUCCCAGAACGAGGACGCGUACAGAGACUACACCUUUGUCAACGCUGACAAGGAGAACCUGUCUGGAAGGAGGGAGACGGAGACGCUGGUUCUGGCCAAGGACAGUGGCAAGCAGUUCACCAGGACUGCAGGUGGAGGUUCUCUGUCAGGUGACUCCCUGCAGAAGGAGAAGAUCAUCAGCAGCUUCAGUGAGGCGUCUCAGCUGAAGGCCGCUGGAGGAAACACUUACUAUGGAUCGUCAGGAGUUUUAAUGAAGGACCAAGCCACACAUGCAAAGAUUCGCAAAAAGGGCGGAGUCUUCGGGGGCGGAGGUUGGUGCUGCUGCUCCGACGCUUGUUGCUCCUGGUGGAAGUGGCUGCUGGCCUUCCUGCUCCUCUUCUUGCUGCUGCUCGGACUCCUUUUCGGCCUCAUUGCACUGGCGGAGGACGUGAGGAAGCUAAAGAAUCGAGUGGCUACCCUGGAAACCGAGUCGGCCGUUAUCUCCGCUCGCACCAGUCACCUGGUGGCCGGCGGUGGCGGCACCUACGUGGACGGUGGCGGUCAGCGAACUGACAUCUUCCUGUUCGGAGGCGGCGGCGGUGGAGGCUCGGCUGGCGGUGUUGCUGCUGGUGGUGGUUCUGCUGCUGGUGUUGGUAGCGCUGGUGGCGCUGCUGGUGCCGGCGGUUCUGCUGGUGCUGGUGGUGCUGGUGGCGCUGGUGGCGCUGCUGGUGCUGGUGGUUCUGCUGGUGCUGGUGCUGGCGCUGCUGUUGCUGGUGCUGGUGCUGGUGCUGGCGGCACUGCUGGGGCUGGUGCUGGUGCUGGUGGUUCUGCAGCUGGUGGCUCUGCUGGUGGACAAGGCUAUGGUGUCAGCGCCGGAGCUGGAGGUGCAGCUGGCGGCGUCGCCGGAGGUACCGGCUCCAGUGGCGGCUCCAGUGGCAGCACAAGCGUCCUGACAAGCGGCUCCAGCUCUGAUCGCACCAUCAUCAUAAGCGGCAGUACCCACACCAGGGAAACCGAGGUUAUAGGCGGUGCCGGUGCCAGCGGAACCGGCUCGAGUGGCGGCGCAGGCAGCAGUGGCACCAGCUUGGGUGCCGGUGGCAGCGCAGGGGGAACCUCCUCCGGUACCAGCUUUAGCGGCACCAACGUUAGCGGUGGGUCCAGUGGUUCUACUUUCCAUCACGGCUUCUGGGCCAGCGGUACUGGUGGUUACAUCGAUGCUGCUGCUCUUCAAAUGGGCAUCCAGCGUAUGGUCAGAGCUGAAAUGCAGUCGCAGGCAUUCCGAGGGUUUCUCACUUCCUCUCUGCAAGGAGACACAGGCCUGCCUGGACCUAAAGGUGAUUCUGGUCAUCCUGGAAUUCCAGGUGUUCCUGGCACUAUGGGUCACGAGGGCCCUCAGGGUCCCAAGGGCCAGAAAGGAAGCCACGGUGACCACGGCACGGAGGGUCCCUCAGGUACGAGGGGGCGUGAAGGUCCACCUGGGCCCAGAGGUGAACCAGGGUUUGCAUCCAAAGGGGAAAAAGGUGAUGAAGGCUUAGUUGGACAAAAAGGUGAACCUGGUCCACUUGGGCUGGCUGGAGAAAAUGGAGCCAAAGGGUCCUUGGGACCAGCUGGACAAGAUGGCCAAAAAGGCUCGAGAGGUGACCAAGGCAGUCCUGGGCAGCCUGGACUCAGAGGUCCUUCUGGUCUGCGUGGAGAAGCAGGUCCUCCAGGAUCACCUGGACAUCCAGGUCCACCAGGUGAACCAGGAAGAAUCAUUAAUGCAGCUGGCCUCUCCACUGUUGGUAUCCCUGGCCCACCUGGGCCUGCAGGACCUCCAGGUGCCAGUGGGCCUGCUGGUCUACGAGGUCCCAAAGGUGACAGGGGAGACCAAGGACUAUCCGUGUCCUCAUCUGGGACUUACAGCUCCAGCUCCACGGCCGAGAGACAAUUUGCAUCAGGUGGAGUCUCCUUGCUACCUGGCCCACCUGGUCCACCUGGACCACCUGGACGUCCAGGGGAUUCAAGACAAGGUCCUCAGGGACUACCUGGUCCUCCUGGUCCAACAGGUUACGGGAGACCGGGUCCUAAAGGAGAGAAAGGGGACUCUGGUUUCGUAUCCAGCUCUGGAACCUACUACACUGGACAACCAGGACCCCCUGGACCUGCUGGGCCUGCUGGCCUGAAAGGAUCCACAGGUUCUCCUGGACCAAGAGGUUUCCAAGGAGAGCCCGGUUUGCCAGGAAGACCAGGAAGCUUGGAGAGAGUGUCGACGUAUAACGGAGAACACAGCGUACAAGGACCUCCUGGACCCCCAGGGCCUCCUGGACUGCCAGGUCAACAAGGGCUCAAAGGUGACACCGGAACUCCUGGUAUUCCCGGAUCUUCUCGAGGCUCAGUCUCAGUCGCCUCAGGGCCUCCUGGUCCUCCAGGUCCGCAAGGUCCUCCAGGGCAGCCCGGUUCCUUCACCUCGUCCGUCGAGAUGCGGCAGUACCUUACGGAUUACAUAAGUCGUGUCAGAGAAUCCACCAUCCAGGGACCUCCAGGUCCACCUGGACCGCCAGGACAACCCGGAAUCUUUACAGGCUCGUUGGAGGAGAUGUCUGCUCGCAUUGUUGCCUACUUGCAACGUACUGGUUCAAGCUCAGGGAUCAGCAUUGGCGUUCAAGGUCUUCCAGGACCUCCCGGCCCCUCAGGUCCUGGUGGGGCGCUGACUAUCAGUGGUCUCAUUGCCAUGCUACAGAGAGACGAAGUGAGGAGAUACAUAACGGGGCCACCAGGCCCACAAGGACCUCCUGGUGCACCGGGAAGUCUUUCUAACAUUUACAGGAUCGAGGAAGUGGCGACGUAUGUCUUCAAAAUAAUGAACGACCGAGGACUUGCAAGAGGACCACCCGGACCGCCGGGUCUUCCCGGGCCUCCAGGCGGAGGGGACUCGGGCUACUCGACCGUGACGAUAGAUUACACGGCACUGAUCAGAAAUCCAGAGUUCCGUUCUUGGAUUAGUUCCUCCGCAAACCAAGGUCCCGCCGGUCCUCCCGGUGUUCCGGGACAACCCGGUCCACCGGGGCCACAGGGGCCUCCGGGGGUCGCCGUGCUAGGAGCCGGUGGUCGCGGGUACACCUUGGAGGAGCUUCAGCGUUACCUACAAGGCUCCGGACUCCGAGGUAUUCCCGGCCUCCCUGGACCUCCGGGCCCACAAGGACCAGCCGGUAGUCACGGUGGGAGCGUCACUUACAGCGGCAGCUUCCCCCGGGAGACCAUCCGCACUGAAGUCCACGACUAUCUGAGCACCGAGAGUGUCCGACGCGCCUACACCGGGGCCCCGGGGGCGCAGGGGCCUCGAGGCCUGAAGGGGGAGCGCGGAGAGCCAGGUCACGCCCAAAGACAGAGUCAGAGCUCCUCUCAGAGCGACUCUCGCUACGUGUCGCAGCAACAGCAGGUCAGCGACGUCAGCGACUACACCAGCGUGGCCUUGAAGGUCACCGACUACAUCAAGAGCCAAGGCCUGUUGCAGGACUAUCUGGUGGAAGGUCCAUGGAGGACUCAAGUCAGAGCGGUCCAAGGCCCGCCAGGACCCCCAGGACCUCCUGGAGCGCCUGGCUUCAGCCGAGUGAUGGCGUCUUACGGCAACAUCACCGCUGACCUCAUGGACUUCUUCAGAGCUCACGGCACCGUCCCCGGUCCUGCAGGAGGUCCCGGACCAAAAGGAGACAGAGGCUUCCCCGGACCCCGGGGAGACAAAGGUGAAUCAGGACGUCCAGGAAUACCAGGAAUACCAGGAUCCUACACCAUCCAAAUACCGCAUCGCGUACAGAAGAGAGAUUCAGGAAGUCAAGUGAUGAGACGGGGUAAGAGCGGCGUGAGAGCUGACGGCUAAAACCUCAACAGAAGCGAAGCCAAAGAAAAAGCUUCUUGUAGAAAUGCAACUACAACAAUAAAAAACCUGCUUUAUUAAUAAUUCAUGAGCUUGAUGCUGCUGCUCAGUGUCGUAGUUUCCAUCUCUGACAUCAAUGCUGGCUUUGGCGUUUUAAAGAACAUAUUUUAGCUCGUUAGAAGACUAAACAACUAUUCUACUGUAUCGAGGUCAAUUACUGUUUGUUGUAUAAAAUAUUUCAAAUGUUGCAGUAAGAUUAGUUAGCGCGCUUAUGACCCAUUGUUGACUUGAAUCAAAAACAUUUUUAAAAAAAAGCCAAAAGCUAGUUUGAGGGAUUUAGAUUGUAUAUUUUUGUAUGAGCUCACUGACUUUGUUGU